AUGGCUUUCCUUCUCCCUGUCCUCGUGGCCACUCUGGCGGUUGCCUCUCCCGUCAGCCAGUUUGUAACCAAGCAGGCUCUCGACACUGUACCUGACGGCUGGCAGUAUAAGGCUGCCGCGCCUUCUGACCAGAACCUGAGACUCCACAUCCGUCUCAAGGAAGAGAAUAUUGACCAGCUGCAGAAGCGCACGCUUGAGAUCAGCGACCCUGAGCAUGACGACUAUGGCAAGCACCUCACCAAGGCCGAGGUCGAUGCCCUCACUGCUCCCACCAAGGAAACUGUUGACUCGGUCACCAAGUGGCUGUCAUCCCACGGCGUUGAUGCCGGUCAAGUCGAGAGCGGCUUCCUGACCAUCUCCGUCAGCAUCGACCAGGCGCAAAAGAUGCUCAACACCGAUUAUGGCGUCUACACUCAUGCGACCACCGGCCGCGAGACUGUGCGCACUACUAGCUACAGCCUGCCCAAGGACGUUCAUCCUGCUAUCGAAAUGGUUCAACCCACCACUCUCUUUUCCGACCUUGGCCUUAGCGACAAGAACAUGAUCCCAAUUCAGCAUGUUCCUGCGUCUUCCAACCAGGUCCUGGCUCGUGAUGUUUGCUCCCAAGAGGGCUCGUCGACCAAGUGUCUUCGCCAAAACUACAACGUUCAGGGAUACACGCCCUCCGGUGGGAAAACCACAUUUGGAAUCUGUGGCUUCUUGGGAGAAGUCCCCGACCCCACUAGCCUCAGCAACUAUCUGCAGAAGUACGAUAGCGACAUUCCCUCCAACACCACGUACAGGGUUGAGACUAUCAACAACGGCCCCACCGACCCUGGUGGUGAGGGUGAAGCCGAUCUCGACGUUCAAAUUUCCGUCGCUUUGGUCUAUCCUAUUGAGACGGUCUUCUACUCCACUGGCGGUAGCCCUCCGACCACUGGACCCGGUGGUGAGAAGAACGAGCCAUACCUCGACUGGCUCAAGUACACCUUGGCUCUGGAUCAACCUUCCCAGACCUACUCUAUUUCCUAUGGUGACGAUGAGCCCACUGUUCCCGACGACUACGCCGACGCUGUUUGCGCACAGUUCAUGAAGCUCGGAGCUCGUGGUGUCAGUGUUCUGACUGCUUCUGGCGACUCGGGCGCCGGCGGUAAAAGCUCUUGCCAGGGUGAUAAGGUCACGUACUUGCCCUCGUUCCCUGCGAGCUGCCCCUGGGUCACCACUGUUGGCGGCACCACCGGCUACGGCUCCAACGAGCAGGGCUUCCGCGACGGUGGCGGCGGCUUCUCCAACCACUUUGGCACUCCCGACUACCAGGCCGAUGCAGUCAAGGCGUACGUUGCACAGCUCGACAGCUCAAUCACGGCCUCGUUCAACGCCUCUGGCCGUGCCUACCCUGACGUUGCGGCGCUCUACACCAACUUUCCUGUCUUCAGCGGUAGCUGGGAGGGCACUAGCGGUGGCACCAGCGCGUCUACCCCGACCACUGCCUCCAUCAUCCACCUUCUCAACGACUACCUCGUGUCCAACGGCAAGAGCCCUCUUGGAUUCCUCAACCCAUUCCUUUACAAGAAGGGCAAGGACGGGCUUCGCGACAUUGCUAAGGGCCGGAAUAAUGUCUGCGGCAACAAGGCUGCGUUCCCCGCCGUCAAGGGCUGGGAUGCCUCAACUGGUCUUGGUGUGCCCGACUUUGGCAAGCUGAAGGCGCUGCUGUAG